AUGCCGCUCGCACGCCUAGCAGCUCCUCUGCCGCCUGUGACACCACCAGUCAUGGACAUUUCCCGCCAAAAGCUCAAAGAGUUUGCGCACUGGAUUCGCGACGACCUUGACAUUCUUGUUGCUCGCGAAGGCCCUGACAUCCUUCGACCAGACGACGUUCUUACUCUGCACGAGCUUUUUGUCGCCCUGCGCCACUCGACGACCAUCACAGCUCUGGACCUGCGCGCGACAGGUAUCCACAGGGCAGUAAAAGAUAUCGCAGGCAUCGCUACGCGGUGGCCUAGGCGGCUAUGCGACGACUGCGACAAGAUCAUAACUAUCUGGACAAGCAAAUUUGGGCGUUUCGAAGACCUUCCUCCUUUCCUGUAUGGUCGAGGCGGACGGCUGGAAGGCAUUGCGAGCGUAUCUGAGUACACUCGUGAGGCGCUCAUCAAGAGAUGGUCUGAGUACUGUCCUGGAAAGAUCCGUCCCAGUGUAUCCCACAGAUCUGGUGAUCUUGGUUUCAAGUCUGGAGACUGGUGGAUUCACCCUCUCUUUGCACACCAUGCAGGCAUAGUUGGGCUUGAAUCAGUAAACGGCGGCAUCACCUAUGACAAGAACGGAGCAUACGCUCUCGUGCUGAAGGACACGGGCGAGGUCGAUGCGAGAUCCGAGGACGAGUUCACGUACCGAGGUCCCAUUAGCGACAAAGGCAAGUUUCGACUGACCGCGGCGACUCCUGCAUCGCGCGACCCUAUACGAGUGCUUCGAAGCCAUAGCAUCAACAGCAUCUGGGGCCCAAAGGCGGGAAUUCGGUAUGAGGGACUGUACUCUGUCAGAGGCUGGUGCAUUCGUCAGGCCAGGCUGCAGGACACUUUGGGUGGAGAAUGGAAAGAAGGUGAUAUUCUUUACGAAGUCACUUUGCGGAGGAGGGACCCAAUACUUAUUGAACAAGUGAGUUGUCGACCAACCAACAUGGAAGUGGAUGAUUACACCGAGUACAAGCGAUUACGAAACUUGUACCGUGAGCAGAGGCGCAAGGGUUCUGGACCAAUACCAAUCCUACACCCGAUCCUGAAGGUUGCUCCUCCUAUACCGUCGCCUCAAUUCGCAGCUACCCCG